CUUCAGUUUCAGGGGCUGUUUGAGAAGAGCUUUUGGAUGCUGAAAGGAAGAAGGAAGAUAGAAGUGCAAGAUGGGUGAUGUCUGAUGGGAUGGUGCAGUUCAAGAGUGGGGCACAGGUUCGAUAUAUAAUGAAGAUCUUUGAACAAGUGGGUAUAUAUGAAAUCACUGAAGAUGUCUGCUCCAAGCCAACACUGUUCCAUUAUUAUUAACCCUCCUCCACCAGAAUAUAUAAAUAAUAAAAAUAGUGGUUGUCAAACAAACCAACUCCAGUACUUGCAGAGGGUGGUCAUGAAAGCCAUGUGGAGACACAACUUUUCCUGGCCGUUUCAUCACCCUGUAGAUGCGGCGGCACUGAACCUUCCUGAUUAUUACAGCAUUAUAAAGAAGCCUAUGGACUUGAGCACCAUCAAGAAGCGCCUGGAACACAAUUACUACACAAAGGCUGUGGAAUGCAUCGAAGACUUUAAAACUAUGUUCUUGAACUGCUACAUAUAUAACAAGCCCGGUGAUGACAUUGUAUUCAUGGCCCAAGAACUGGAAAAAGUGUUCAUGCAGAAAAUAGCCCAGAUGCCACCAGAAGAAAGGCAGGUGACCAUCAACAAAGGGAACAGAAAAGGAAAGAAAACAGAAGAAACAGAGCAGUCCAGCCUCAGGACAUGGAAUGAACAGAGCACAGCGCAGAAACAAGCUGAAAGCAGCAAGCAGCCUCCAGCGAGGACUCCAGAGCUCCAGCAGGUCACACCAGCUUCUUUGUCUGCAGCUCAGCUGGCAGCACUAAUGCCAACCACUGUCCCUAUAACAAAAGCAAAGAAAGGUGUGAAAAGGAAGGCUGACACCACAACUCCUACUGCUUCAGUAAUCACAGCGAGCAGUGAAUCUUCUGCAACGCAUAAUGAAAGAAAAGCUGUUAAAGCACGCAGAGGUGAAAAUGAAUGCGCGAUACCAACGAAGCUUCUAAAGAGAUGCUCACUGGAUUCUCGGCAGUCGCCUGAAACUCUUACAAAGGUUCACUUGUCAGAACAACUAAAGCAUUGUAAUGAAAUACUGAAAGAAAUGUUUUCAAAGAAACAUGCGGCAUAUGCCUGGCCAUUCUUAAAACCAGCGGACACUGCAUCCUUCCCCCUUGGUGAGAACAGAGGGAUCAUCAAAUGUCCUACAGACCUGGGGUCCAUCAAAAAGAAAAUGGAUAAUUUUGAAUACAGAGAUAUACAAGAAUUUGCUACAGAUGUCAGAUCAAUGUUCAUAAGCUGCUACAAACAUUGUCCAGACCAUGAAGUAGUCGCUAUGGCGAGAAAACUUCAGGAUGUUUUUGAGACGCGCUUUGCCAAAAUCCCCGAGGAACCUGUUGCAAGCGUUCCUCUGCCACAGCUUAAAAGAGAAAUGCCAGAAGUUUAUUCCUGUGAGAGCAGUAACAAUAACUCCUCAGAAGAAAAAUCAUCUGAAGACUCUGAAGAGGAGACAACAGUUCACCUUGCAAAGCUUCACGUGCAACUCGAAGCUGUUCACCAUCAGCUGCGGGCUUUGACCAGAGCCUGCUUGCCCAACCUGAAGAAGAAAAAGGGGAAGGCUAAGAGGGAUAAAAGUAAGAACAAGGGAAAAUACAAACUAAAAAGCCUGAUUCAAAAGAAGAAAAAACUGAAACACAAAAAGAAAUCUAAGAAAAAGCUGUCUUUAAACAUUGCGUGUUUCUCUUGCAGUCAAUCAAAGAAAAGCAUGCAGCAGGUCUUGUUGGCACUUAAGUUGGAAGAUGAAGGUGGUGCCAAGCCUAUGAAUUAUGAUGAAAAAAGACAGUUGAGUUUGGACAUAAAUAAACUCCCUGGAGAUAAGCUUGGGAAAGUAGUCCGUAUAAUACAAUCAAAAGAGCCCUCACUGAGGAACUCCAACCCUGAUGAGAUAGAAAUAGACUUUGAAACGUUAAAGGCUUCAACACUCAGAGAACUAGAGAGAUACGUGGCAGCCUGUCUGAGGAAGAGACCAAGGAAGCAGAAGGCUAAAAAAACAACCAGGACAAAAGAGCAACUUAACUCUGAGAAGAAACAAGAGCUAGAGAAGAGACUGCUGGAUGUCAAUGGCCAACUAAACACGAAGAAGGAGGACCUAAAGUAUGAAAACAGUGCAGAGUCCAGUGUUGGACCAAGCAGACUGAGCGAGAGCAGCACCAGCAGCAGCUCCUCAGACUCAGGCAGCAGCACGAGCAGCGGUUCUAGUUCCUCAGACAGCAGUGACUCUGACUCGGCUACAGAAACCUGCUCAAAACACACUGGAGCCAAGCAGAGCUGUCCAACCUCUAUUGAAAAAUAUAAGAGAACACCGCUGUGUUUACCCAGGACACCCUGCAAUGCUGCUCUGCAAGCACUGCCCUCAUCUCUUCCCAGUAGUUUGCAAAACUGUGGAUCAUCUGAGCUGCAGCCACCGCUCCCCAAUGCACUGCAGAGGCUUCAGCCUAUACAGAGUAGAUCACUUAAACCAUCUGAACACAAUUCCCAGUCUCUUCCAGGUAUGGUCUCAGCUGGAUCUGCUCUGCAUGAUGCUCCAGACCAGCAAGCUCCUCUGAGUGCUCCAAGGAUACAUCAGUCUUCCAUCACUGGAGGCACAAAAGCUAUUCCAGAGGUAUCCACCACAACUUUCCAGGGUAACAGUGCUGACUGGACUAAACCAGCUGAGAAAACCAUACAUCCAGACAAACCAAACAAAGUCCAGCACAAGGCCAGUGACAGAGCUGCUGACUCAGUAUCCAUAAGUCAGGAACAAAGUUAUUGCAUGCCUACUGAUAAACCUAAGGGUGCAAACGUGCUAGAGCCAGCAUCCAAAGUUCUCCCAAGAAAGGCUCUCGGCUUUCAGAAAGCUAUUAACUACCGUGCUGACUUCCAUUCCAAAAACAUGCACUUCCUUCAUAAACAUGACACAAGAUUUAAGAAUAUAGAUUCCUGGGUCAGCUUGUGUAAAACAAUGAUGCUUCCAGCUCCGAUAAAAACAUCUGCUGAGAGCUUCCAACACUUCAGGAGAGCAGCGCUAAAGAAGAGGAGUGGGCAAAUGCAGGAGUUGAAAAGGUCUCUGGUAUCAGCUGAGAGGAAACUGCAAACCCUUCCUCGCAAAAAAGAAAGGGGCCGUGCAGGCCCAGGACUGGAUGCCUCUGCAGCGGCAGAAGAGCCCCAAGAAAAGCAGAAGAACAAAGAGCUUCCUGAAGCUCAACAGCAUCGGCUUAUUCAAGACCGUAACUGGGCUAGGAAAAUGGAACAAGAGCGCAGGAGGAGAGAAGCAAUGGCUCGUAUGAUUGACAUGAAUCUGCAGAGUGAUAUUAUGGCAUCUUUCGAAGAAUACCUUGAGUGAAAGCUGUAGUUAACGUAGGACUGAGCUCCAACACCAACAUGCGAGAAGGUACUAGUUACAAGCUUAAAUGCUAAAGGCCACUUUAAAGAGCACUUUAGCGUCUCUGAAAUGCUCGUCCUUAAAAGGCUGCUCAUAGACACUUGGAGCAUUAUAAGAGCUGUGUACUGUUUGUUUACGAUGUAUGUAACCUCGCCUGCUCCACCGUGGAAGCCAGAUGUUCUUUUGAUCAGUUUUCUAUGUUGUAUGUAUAUAUGAGAAAAUAUCAGCUGCUUGAUUUUUUUUCUCAUUUUUUAAAUCACUUUUUUUCAGAAGCACUUGAGAAUCUAUUAUACUGAGAACAGCAAAUUCUUGUGUUUGACUGUAUUAAGUCAUAGCACCCUAAAUACACACCUCUAGAAACUACUCUAAAUCAAGGUCUUGUCAAUUCUGAUUGCAUUAAAAGAAUCCCUUGAUUAUGGCACACUCGCAUGGGCUCUGGGCUGUGAUAAAAUUCCUCAAUAAUUGUGAUAAUUUCUACAGAAUGUGUAACAUUAUUUGUAAUUAUGAAAAAAAAAAAGUUUCCUGAAACUCUAAUUUCAGCACUAAAUCCUGUAUACUUGCGUGUCUUUUAAAGCCCAGGCAUGCUGAUUUUCUGUUUAAUGUAUUUUACGUUAACAUAAAAUUUAGCUAAGUGUGGAAGCCUGUUUGCCAGAUGGCUCUGGUCUGGUUCUUCACAGAAAAGAAUUACCUAAACCACACCACUGCUGGAAUCUCCAGUUUGAAAGGCUUUCUGAUUACAGCAGGAUUUUGUUAAUGUUGUGAUACUUGUCUGAAAUAGAAAUCAGAGUGUAAAACCCCUAUGUUCUUGUUGAUUACAUUGAGCUAUCUCUAACCGAGCACGGGACUAAUAAAACAUUGUUUUAUAGAAUUAAUACCAAAACACACUGUGUUACAGAAGUGUGGGGUAGAAGGGGCCCCAUGAGAUAAUCUAGCUCAGUGGUCUCCAAACAUUUUUCAUU